AUGCUGCGAAACUUCAGAGCCGCCCGCGGAGUCGCAAAGACCGUUGGUGUGAGCCAACGUCGAAAUCUCUCCAUCCACGAAUACCAGUCCGUCGAGCUCCUCAACUCUUACGGUAUCCCUACACCAAAGGCCGUACCCGCGUUCACAGCGAGCGAGGCCGAGCAGGUCGCAAAGGACUUUGGAACGAAUGAGCUCGUCAUCAAGGCGCAGGUCCUCGCUGGUGGUCGUGGAAAGGGUCACUUUGAUUCUGGGUUCAAGGGUGGUGUGCACAUGAUUGACUCUCCCGCCCAGGCAAAGGAAUACGCCGGCAAGAUGCUCGGCGCCAACCUGAUCACCAAGCAGACCGGCGCCGGCGGACGCAUCUGCAACGCCAUCAUGAUCGCCGAGCGUCUUCCCCCACAGAAGGAGUACUACGCCGCCAUCCUGAAUGACCGUGCGUCCGGCUCGCCCGUGCUCGUCACCUCCAACCAGGGCGGUAUGAACAUUGAGGACGUCGCCCACGACACCCCGGAAGCGAUCAUCACCACUCCCCUCGACUUUGACAACGGUAUCUCGAACGCGGACGCGGUUGACCUCGCCAAGAAGCUGGGCUUCAAGGAUGGCGCGCAAAAGAACGCGGCGGACGUGUUCGGCAAGCUGUACAAGAUUUUCCGGGAGAAGGACGCGACUCAGAUUGAGAUCAACCCGUUGUCCGAGAUGAGCGAUGGACAGGUGCUCUGCAUGGACGCCAAGUUUGGUUUCGAUGACAAUGCCGACUUCAGACAGAAGGACAUCUUCAAGUUGCGUGACACCACCCAGGAGGACGCUCAGGAGGUGGAGGCUGCCGAGUACGGCCUGAACUUCAUCAAGCUGGACGGUAACAUUGGCUGUCUCGUGAACGGUGCCGGUCUCGCCAUGGCCACUAUGGACGUGCUCAACCUGCACGGCGGAUCACCCGCCAACUUCUUGGACGUUGGAGGAGGAGCUACCGCCGAUGCCGUCAAGAAAGCAUUCGAGCUUUUGUUGUCGAGCAGUAACGUCAAGUCGAUCUUCGUCAACAUCUUCGGAGGUAUCAUGAGAUGCGACGUUAUCGCCGAGGGUAUCAUCAAGGCGACCAAGGAAUUGCACCUCACCGUCCCCCUUGUUGUCCGGCUGCAGGGUACUAAGGAGGCCGAGGCGAAGAAGAUGAUUUCAGAAUCCGGUCUUGCUAUUUUCCCCUUCGAUGGUCUUGAUGAGGCUGCGGCCAAGGCGGUCGAGAUGGCCAAGGGGCAGUAG